AUGGUGAUAUUAGAGGUGAACCUUAUACAAGCACAAAGUCUGACUAAUAAAGAUCUUAUUGACAAAUCUGAUCCAUUUGUUAAAUUGUAUACAUGCAAUUUGCAUAGUAUGAUGCAAAUCAACAAAGUUAUUGUCUUCAUCAAUGUUCCCUGGUGGUAUUUAGCUUUCUAUACAAUGAUGAGUCCAUUCAUUACUGAAAGAACUAAGAGCAAAUCCGUAUUUGCAAGCCCUACAAGAACUUCCAAAACACUUUUCAUUUCUGAAUUCACCAUUGAUGAUCCGGUUGCUGUUGUUACUGUAAACCCGUGCACCAAACAAACCAUGGAGAUUAUCAUAAACUACCCAGUUCAGAGAAGGUCUCUCGGUGAAAGAAAUUGGAAAAUAGAGAUCCACAAAGUGCUCCACUUCUGCUAA